AUGGUGCAAUCGCAUGAAUUUUAUGACUUGAAACCUGUCAAGUUGGGGUGUGAAAUUCGUGGCAUUGACAUUGGAAAUCCUAUACCCGAGGAAGUGAUCGAACAAAUAAAAAAGGACGUGACCGAACACCGUCUGUUAAUUUUCAAAGAUCAACAUAAUAUUUCACCGAAUGGACAUGUGAGAAUCGGCAGAUGGUUCGGGGAUCUGGAGUCGUCAUUUUUCACACAACAUCCUAAGUCGCCAUUACGUGACAUAUACCGCGUGUCGAAUGACGGUUCAGAAGGUUUACGUGCAAUAGGGACCACAUCAUGGCAUAGUGAUUGCCUGUAUUUGCCAAAGUUUUGCAGUUAUUCAAUCUUCCAUGUUAUAAAUGUUUCUAAAGAAGCUGAAACAGGUAACUGA